ACAUACAGAUAACACAACACAACGUAGAAUUUGAUUAUCAUAACACGAAAGAGUACUAUAGGCCUUUUACCGGUCUGGUGUUCCAUAGGUUGAUGUCUACAUAUUGUAAGCAAGCUCCGUCGAUGAUUCAUCCACACAUGUCCAGCCAGAAAAGAAAAGCGUCAACGUUCUGAAACAUAAUGUCAUCUAAAGGAUUGAUUGAGCGCCUUGCAAAUGGCGGACAAGUCCUCAUUGCGGAAGGUUAUCUGAUAGAAUUGGAAAGAAGAGGUUAUCUGCAGUCGGGAGGAUUUAUACCGGAAGUAGUUUUAGAACAUCCGGAGAUUGUCCGAGGACUACAUCGAGAGUUUGUACAUGCUGGCACCGAUGUGGUAGAAGCAUUUACAUACUACGGUCAUAGGGAGAAACUGCGAACAAUUGGACGUGAGGAUGACUUAGAGAGACUCAAUAGGACUGCUCUUAAAAUGGCUAGAGAAGUGGCAGACGAGGCUGGAGCUUUGAUGGCUGGCAAUAUUUGCAACUCCAACCUAUAUGACAAAGACAAUCGUGACGGAGAUGAGAAAAUAAGGGCAAUGUUCAAGGAGCAAGUGGAGUGGGCAGUGGAGGAAGGGGCCGACUACAUCAUAGCUGAGACAAUAAGUAACUACGGAGAGGCUAAACUAGCGCUAGAGGCAAUCCAAAAAUACGGAAAAGGUGUCCCAGCUGUGAUAACUAUGGCAAUUUAUGUACCGGAUAAGACGAUGGAUGGACUACCGAUAGCCGAGGCAUGUCGUAAACUGGAGGAGGAGGGAGCGGCCGUGGUGGGUCUAAACUGUGGGCGUGGCCCCAGGACAAUGUUACCUACAAUCAGAGAUAUAAGGAAAGUAUGCAAGGGACCAAUAGCUGCUCUUCCUGUGACAUUCCGGACGACAGAUAAGUGUCGCACAUGGCUCUCCCUUAAAGAUCCGGAUACUGGAAAUGACGUGUAUCCGGCAAACGUAUCAUGUGUUAUGUGUAGUCGGGAUGACAUCAGACAAUUUGCAGAGGAAGCGAAGGCGAUUGGUGUAAAUUACAUCGGGCUUUGCUGCGGAAAUGCACCAUUCUUCUUCCGGGAGGUAGCGGAAGUGUAUGGUCGGAAACCUGAUGCGUGCAAAUAUGCACCAGAUGUAUCUGCUAAUUCGGCUGUAGGCAAACAAACAGAUCAUUCGCAAAAAAUGAAAGAUAUAUCGAGAGUUGACAAUGUUUAAGGUUCGAUAUGCAUUUAUUAGAUCAUCUUAAAUGUUUAUUAUUAUCUAUUUUGAAUUGCUACUUUCACACCUUUCACCGUUACUGCUCAAGAAAGUAGCGGCAUAGAUAUUUCUAGGAAAUUAUCUCAACAAACUCACUACUACAGCAUACAUUUAUUUCAGAGUAACAGUGAUUCCCGAUAAAAAGUCUUGUUGAGAGACUUGAAAAAAAAAAGAAUAAAAAGAAAGAAAAAGAAACAAGUGAAAAGCUGGUAGACUGAAUGUCUCUAAACAUAUAUUAUGCAUUUGUGACAAUUUUUAUGAUUCAGUGUACUUAUAACGUAUUUUAAUGCAAAAGAAUACUGUUUUUAUUCUGUUGUGCUUAAAAGGUAUAAAUAUUUACAAAUACUUCACAUACUAUCAUUACAUGUUCAAAUAUGGUUUGUAAUUGUUUUAUCUAAAUACAAAUAUUCACUUUAUAAUAAAACUAUUAUACAUCC